AAUUGCCAUCCUGCUGCUGUAGUUCUCGUGAAAGAAUAAGUAUAUCAAGCUGCUUCCUGCACGGUGACUUUGACUCUUCUGUUCAAGCAACGUAGUCUCCUAAUCAUAAUUCACAAUGCUUGCAGCAAGAAGCAAAUGUGUGUCGCGUGUUGCCACACUGCGCGCGAACUCAUUAGCAGCACUGGCUCGAUCCAGUUUACGACUAGUAUCACAUCCACACCCACCAUCGACGACAUCCCUCCAGCCUCUGUUCUCACAGAUACGCACAUAUGCUCGCGGUGGUCGACCGCAUCCUCCAGGAGGUACACAUCGCAUGAACUUGGGUGAAGAACCUGAAAAACCUGCCCUUGAACAAUUCGGUAUCGACCUUACCCAGCGCGCCAGAGACGGCAAGCUCGAUCCCGUGAUUGGAAGAGAUGCCGAGAUUCAACGAACAAUCCAAGUCCUGUCUCGACGUACUAAAAACAAUCCUGUUCUCAUCGGUUCAGCCGGAACAGGCAAGACAGCCAUUCUUGAGGGUUUAGCGCAGAGAAUCGUCAGAGGAGAUGUUCCGGAGAGCAUCAGGGAGAAAAAAGUCAUAUCCUUGGAUCUUGGUGCAUUGAUAGCUGGUGCCAAGUUCCGUGGCGACUUCGAAGAACGUCUCAAGAACGUCCUGAAGGAGACACAAGAAGCCGAGGGCAAGGUUAUCCUCUUCGUCGACGAGCUUCAUACCCUUCUUGGUCUCGGAAAGGCUGAAGGUAGCAUUGAUGCCAGUAAUCUCCUUAAGCCGGCUUUGUCCCGUGGUGAGCUGCAGUGCUGCGGUGCCACCACCUUGAACGAGUACAGAUUGAUCGAGAAAGAUGUCGCGCUUGCUCGUCGUUUCCAGCCUAUCCUCGUCGGCGAACCCAGUGUUCAGGAUACAAUUUCCAUUCUCAGAGGAAUCAAGGAGCGUUAUGAGGUCCACCACGGUGUUCGCAUUACGGACGCCGCCCUUGUCGCUGCUGCAACCUACAGCAACCGAUACAUCACCGACAGAUUCCUGCCAGACAAAGCCAUCGACUUGGUGGAUGAAGCUAGCAGUGCCCUCCGGUUACAGCAAGAGAGUAAGCCCGACGCGAUCCAAAAACUGGAUCGCGAAAUCAUGACCAUCCAGAUUGAACUUGAAUCCCUGCGAAAGGAGAAGGACAUCGCAAGUAAGGAGCGUCGAGAGGAGCUCGAGAAGAAUCUCACGCUCAAGCAGGAUGAGGUUGGCUCGCUCACCGAGAAGUGGGACAAGGAGCGAGCUGAAAUCGAAGAGGCCAAGGGGAUCAAGGAGAAACUUGAGAAGGCACGCCUUGACCUCGAGCAGGCCCAGAGACAAGCCGAUCUCGCUCGCGCAAGUGAAUUGCGUUACAGCACCAUUCCAGAUCUGGAGAAAAGGCUGCCGAACGAGAACGCAGAAGGAGCUGUCGAUUCGGACGGAAAUGCUCUGCUGCAUGACUCGGUCAACGCAGACGACAUUGCUGCAGUUGUCGCACGUACGACAGGCAUUCCCGUGAACAAGCUGAUGUCAGGCGAAAUCGAGAAGCUUGUCCACAUGGAAGACACUUUGCGUCUCUCCGUCCGUGGUCAGGACGAGGCACUGACAGCUGUUGCAAAUGCUGUUCGUAUGCAGCGUGCAGGUUUGAGUGGUCAAAACCGCCCUCUGGCGUCAUUCAUGUUCUUGGGACCCACUGGUGUUGGCAAGACUGAACUCUGCAAGAAGAUGGCCGAAUUCCUCUUCUCUACCGAAUCUGCCAUCACUCGCUUUGACAUGAGUGAGUUCCAAGAGAAGCACACGGUCAGUCGUCUCAUUGGUAGCCCUGCCGGAUACGUUGGCUACGACGAGGGUGGUCAGCUCACAGAGGCUGUUCGCCGCAAGCCGUACGCGGUCUUACUGUUCGACGAGUUCGAAAAGGCACACAAGGAUAUAUCGACACUUCUAUUGCAGGUUCUUGACGAAGGCUUCCUCACUGAUGCUCAAGGACACAAAAUCGACUUCCGCAACACCAUGAUCGUGUUGACAUCAAACCUUGGAGCCGAAGCGCUUCUCACCGACGAGAGCGCCAGCAGCGAGAUCUCUUCAGAGGUCAAGCAGAAUGUCAUGGAUGUUGUGCAAUCUGCAUAUGCUCCCGAGUUCCUCAACCGUAUGGAUGAGUUUAUCAUCUUCAAGCGUCUAUCACGCGAGGCAUUGAAAGACAUCGCCGACAUUCGUCUCAAGGAGCUGCAGACUCGACUCGAUGACCGCCGAAUCAAACUUGAGGUGACGGACGAGGUCAAAGCAUGGCUGUGCGAGAAGGGGUACGAGCCUCGUUACGGAGCUCGUCCUCUCAACCGUCUCAUUUCCAAAGAGAUUGGCAAUGGUCUCGCAGAUAAGAUUAUUCGUGGACAAAUCAAGACUGGAGACGUGGCUAGAAUUGCUGUAAGCUUCAAUGGAGAACAUUUAGAAGUUCUCGCACCCGAGUCCUCAUGAUCAAACAACUGUCUCGUUGGAUGUUCAAUGAAGUAUAAUGCAUAGCAAGGAGUUUCGGAUGACUAUGGGGAUAGCAUGGUCUAUAGACCUGAUAUAUAAAUACGUAAGAUACCUCUCAAUAACGAAGACAUUAUUUAUGACAAACAGUUCCCCA